AUAAAAUCGCCAAUGCUGACAAAAGUCUCGCAGAAGCCGGCCACGUCCCAACAAUACUCCAACAUGCUUCUUCUGCGACCAACGACCUACCAUCUGUUUCUGAUGCGAUCGAUACGUUCUCCGUGUUGCUCAAACCCUUGAAGACAUUCAACUCCAUCGCCAACGCGAUUGCAGAUGUGCAAACCAUUUAUUUCUCUUCUGUACGUGACUAACAUUCGUGCGCAGGUCCAUCCCUACGCGAAGGUGGCACUGAGCAUCUUCACUUGCGCAUCCAAGAUGAUUCUCGAUCAGGCACACCGUGAUGUCGCUGUUCGCCUUCUGCUCUCAAAGAUAUCUGAAGUCUAUACUUUCAUCACGGAGAAGGAGGAAUUGGCCAAGAUUGAAUCUAUGCUAUCGAUAUACGUGAAGAUAGCACAGCAGACACUGGUGUGCGCUGAUUUCAUCAGCCAUUAUGCCGAGACGAAGAGUGCCUGGAUAAGACUUGGCAAGCACGUUUUCGGCGAAACGGACACCACGAUCCAGAACUACAACAAUGUCCUCGACAAUCUUAUGCAGCAAUUCCGAGACCGGGCGGUUCGUGAUACCGUUGUGAUCGUCCACCAUAUGGCUGAGGUUUUGGACCUUAUAGGCAUGGAGUACGCAACUGGCGCCGGAUUGAAUAGGUCUAAAUGUUGUUUGCCAAAUACUCGGCAAGACCUUUUGAAAGAUAUCAAGAACUGGAUCAGCAGCACCGAGGAGGGUGCUCCACGGAUCUUGUGGUUGUCUGGCACAGCAGGCAAGGGUAAAUCGGCCGUCGCCCAUACGAUAGCCAACUGGUACAUGGAAUGCGGUCUUGGCUCAUUCUUCUGCUUCGAUCGUACUCGGCAAGCGGAUCGCCGUCAGGAUAAAAUAUUCAGGACCAUCGCAAGCGAUUUGGCGGGCCGCAACCCUAUCGUGCGGCGAGCGUUGGCGCAGGCAGUUCGUGAUGACGACGAACUCAAGCGGACUGCAGAUAUCACAAAACAAUGGCAGGAACUCAUUGUCGAACCGACAAACAUAGCGUCAACCGCCAUCGCUGCACCCGUGUGUUACAAUAACAUUUAACCAAGAACCCCUCCUACGGAGGUCAUCAUGACCUUAGCCCCUAUCCCACCAUAUGCACCGUCUUGGAAGACUUACCGACUCAACGGAGACUCGUAGAGACGCCUAGAACAGCCUGGAUGCUGUUAGAUGAAUAGAACACAGGAGAGAAGUCCGGAAGAUGCCGGAUUAGGUAAGCGGUCUGGACCGCUAUGACGACAUAGGUCUAGAAGACCUAUUCCUGUUAUCAAGAUAGAAGGCAAGCCUCGUGCUGCCUCGUGUACUGAUAGAAGCCUGCCUCAUGGACGCUAUCUCUGACUCAAUAGAUAAGCGAGAUUAGAACUCAGCUUCAAGCUGAGCUUAGACACGAUAGAGUAGCCUUAUAUAAGGUCGACGAUUAAAGUAGAU